GACCUGUGUCUGGGGGCUUUGCUGUUGUUCCUAGCCGGACUUCAGCAGGCAGAGGCGGCCGCAGCCGGCGCUGCCGCAGCAGGAGAGAUGACCAACCUGAACUGGAAGCCGUUCAUCUACGGCGGGAUGGCCUCGAUUGUCGCAGAAUUCGGCACAUUCCCCAUCGAUCUGACAAAGACGCGACUCCAGGUGCAGGGUCAGUCCCAGUACACGGAAGUGCGCUACAGGGGAAUGUUCCACGCCCUGUUCAGGAUCGGCAAAGAGGAGGGCAUCCGGGCACUCUACUCGGGGAUCUCACCUGCGCUCUUGAGACAAGCAUCUUACGGGACCAUCAAGAUUGGAACUUAUAACUCCCUGAAGAGGCUUUUUGUCAGUCGCCCGGAAGAUGAGACCAUGGUCAUCAACGUUUUCUGUGGCGUCGUUUCUGGCGUACUGUCAUCCUCUUUGGCAAAUCCCACAGAUGUCCUUAAGAUCCGAAUGCAGGCACAGGGCAGUCUGCUUCAAGGCAGCAUGAUGUCCAACUUCAUCAACAUCUACCAGACAGAGGGGACCAAAGGCCUGUGGAGAGGUGUCAUCCCCACGGCGCAGCGAGCUGCCAUUGUCGUCGGCGUGGAACUUCCCGUCUACGAUAUCACAAAGAAGCACCUCCUCCGAUCCGGUGUUAUGGGUGACACCAUUUUGACGCAUUUCAUUUCAAGUUUCACAUGCGGCCUGGCAGGAGCACUGGCAUCCAACCCAGUGGAUGUGGUGCGUACGCGCAUGAUGAACCAGCGGGUGAUUUCAGGGUCACCCAUGUACAAAGGCACGUUGGAUGGCUUGAUGCAGACGUGGAGGAACGAAGGUUUCUUCGCGCUCUAUAAAGGGUUCUGGCCCAACUGGCUGCGGCUGGGGCCUUGGAACAUUAUUUUCUUCAUCACCUUUGAGCAGCUAAAGAAGCUCCCGUUGUAA